AUGUUUAUAUUAACAGUGGAACCCAUCGAUUCCCAGACAGGUGAUAAUACCUACCACUCUGUCGGCCAAUUCGAAUUUGAAUAUGGCUCUCAAAUAUUAACGAAGUUCAGUGAGAAAUGUCCAAAUACGGUUGUGGAGAAUAGCAAAUUACCCAAGAUGGAUAUUCAGGUUUAUUGGGUUGCACCACCAGAAAACAGUGGCUGCAUUGCUAUAAAGGCCUCUGUUGUUGAGACAAGAGACAACUGGUUCAGUGAAGAUGGACAAUUGACCAAAAUAUUGUGUGAAGAUGACUCUAAUGAGAAUGUCAAACCUGAGAUGGUGGAGAAAUGUUGUGCUUGUGAUGAAGCCAAAUAUGAGAGUGACAAUAUUCGAACAAUCAUAAAAGCAAGAGGACUUCAGUAUCCGAACAUAACGGAAUCAUCAUAUGCAGUAUUUCGAGUGGAUAACAAAAACCACUUGGUAUCAUUAGUUUCGAAAAUUACUCCAUCUCCGGACUGGAUAGUUGGUGUAUCAGAUUUCGAAUUGUGUAUGAGCGAUUGUACUUGGGCAGAGUACUAUUCUUUCAAUUUGUAUCCAAUUGACGUAGGAACCGAUGAUGGCAUAGAAUAUUCAUCCUCCAGGCCUAUACGUAGACAAAAAGAGAUAACCUCAAUAACUCCUAAUAACCCUAAUGAUCCUAGAUCUCCGUUCUACAAUGAAGAUGGUGAACCCAUCAACCCGAUAGCAAAGCUGCACUUCACGAGGCAGAGGGUAUAUGAGAAACCAUGUGAAAUUCUCGAAAAUGAAGAUGAAGACCAUACAGAUAAUAACCUCGAGCUUUCAGUGGCCACAGUCUCUCCAAAUGACGAGAAAUGUGAAUUAGGCAGAUGGUCGGAAUGGUCGAGUUGCAGCGUACCUUGUGGAACUGGAAUAAAAACGAGAGACAGGAAGUUCAAAUAUCCAGGAAAUAAAGAUAUUUGCAGAGGAGUUGAAUUACAAGAGAACAUGGAAUGUGAAGGAGAAGAUGAAGACUAGAUUCAAGCAAAAUUCUUAAUCGAUACCGGUAGUUCUCGAAGUUUGAUCAGUCCAAAAUUAGCCUACCAAUUUUAUCCAAAUUACAUAACGAAUGAAACUUUUAGUAUUCAAACGUCACAUGACGAUGAACCACAGUGCACAGAUCGAAAAUGGGGUCCAUGGGGCCCCUGUAAUGUGUCAUGUGGAACCGGUUAUAAAACAAGAGUGAGUUUGCCUAAAGAAGAUCAGAAUGAUGAAGAUAACGAGAAUGACGCAGAAGAAAAUUGUCCAGGUCAAGAAACUGUCAAGUGUAGUAUGCCAUGCAAUGAAGAACCUUUUGGAGAAAAUCUAGUGAUCCUAGAACAAUUGCCUGAUGGUAGAGUUCUUGAUUGCAAGGUGAGUCAAUGGACAGUUUGGAGUCCCUGUGAUUUGAAUGGAGCAUCUUGUGGCCAUGGGUACAUAAGAAGAAAUAGAUAUAUUCUGGAACUUUCCAAUUUCUUCUUCGGCGCCCCCUUCACGUGA